AUGAUCCUUGAUGAUCUUGGGAUCAAGUACGAGAUCUUGGAGGGUUCCAGUCGCCCUGGUGGUAGGAUCCUUACCCAUCACUUCCGGAGUGUUGACAUUGAGCCAUGGAGCUACUUUGAUAUCGGCGCCAUGCGCUACCCCGACAUCCCUGUUAUGUGGCGCGUCUUCGACCUCUUCAGAGAACGCCUUCAUAUCGGGGAUAAGCUCGUCCCCUACAUCAUGAACAGCGACAACCAGUUCCUUGAGUAUAACUCUCAACGCAAACAACUGAAGACAGUCAAUACUGAACCUACGGCCGAUUGGUUCAAAGACUGCUCGUCGGCGGGAGGGUUGGUUCCCCCUGAAUUCAUCGACAAGGGCGUCGAUCACUGGUUAGGCGAAUGCUUCACUCCAUUCAAGGACCUCUUCGUGGAGAAUUGGGAGAAAGGCUGGACCAAACUUAUGGAGUUUGACCAGUACUCAGCCAGAACGUUCAUGAUGCUUCCCUUCGAUAUCAAGAAGGAAGAUGGAACGACGUGUUUCUUGAAGAAAAAAGCUUACCCCAACUCUGCGAUCAAUUGGAUGGAGAGAAUGAACACAGGAACAGGUCUGUUUGAUAUGGCGUUCUCCGAGAUGGUCAUCGACGACCUUCAAUUCGACUGGCCUACCGGAUCAGCUAUGAAGUUCGGUGGAGACGGUGCAGCAGAAUUCGAUGGUAGCUGGCACUGCUUGGCAGGUGGUAGCGAAGUCUUCAUCAACACGAUGGUCUCCAAGAUCUCCGACCCUACUCAAAUUAAGUACAACAAGCGGGUCACCUCGAUCACUCCCACAGCGAAUGGAACCAAACCUCUUUCUGUCACAUACGGUAGUGGCGGAGCCAAGGCUUCGACCGAAUAUGACUACGUGAUCUCGACUAUCCCGCUCCCCGCAUUGCGCUUCGUUGACCUAGAUGGGUGCAACCUCAGCUAUGCUCAGCUGGAGGGCAUGCGUACCCUCCGCUACGACUCGAGUUGCAAAGUCGGCAUCAGGUUUAGCUCUAGGUGGUGGCAGACUCUCUCGACCGGCUCCAUCAAAGGUGGUCAGACCAAGACCGACCGUGUCGUUCGCACCGUCGUGUUCCCUUCCUACGGCGUUGAUGACCCGAACGCAGAUGCAGUCAUGAUCGCUAGUUACACGUGGUCGCAGGAUGCUGCUCGUGUCGGUGGUCUCAUGAAUGGGCGCAAGACUGUCGAUGAGCAGUUCUUGAUUGACAACAUUCUCAAGGAUCUUGCUGCUUUGCACGACGUUACAUUUGAUUUCUUGAAGAACGAGCUACAGGACUGGUGUGCAUGGGACUGGUAUUCCGAUCCGUUUACGCUUGGCGCAUUCGCCCUCUUUGGCCCUGGCCAGUUCAAUAAUAUCUAUCCUGCGUUCGGACAAGGUGCUGCCGGUGGAAGGCUCUUAUUCGCCGGAGAGGCCUUGAGUGAUCAGCAUGCAUGGGUUGAAGGUGCCCUCGAUAGCGCCUAUGAAGCCGUGCGGAAGAUACUGGAGGGGGCGGGUCUCGAGAAAUACCUUGAAAAACUGGAAGCGAACUGGGGCAACCCUUAUCUCGACAAGGCCGAAGCGGAGGAGUAUAAGAGUCUCCUGCGGGAGCAAGAGCUCAUUGGGGCUUUGUUCUCGACAAUCAGCGAUCGCGACGAAAUCAAGGAUGCUCUCCUUGGUUUGCGUAACAAGGGUCACUUCAAGCAAUCAUCUCUCGCCGCCCAGACUGCUCAAAAGGCCUGA